UAGUCAUUGCAUGAACUUCUCCUUCAAUUCUUGUACGCUUUCAUUUGGAUUGAUUUCAUACUUCCAAUAAGAUUAUGCCUUCUUACCUGUUCCUCCUCCAAAAUUGAUUCCCCCUGCAAGUCUCAGAAGCAACCCCUCAAACCUUCCCUAUCUUUACCAAAACUUAGCUUAAAGCCCUAAAAUGAGUUCCAUAACACCAUUGUUAAAGCCAGACGUGACCUUGUCCCUUGCAUUAUCUUCAGCCUCUCCUUCUCCUUAUGAAACCCAAGAAAGAGGUAUACGUCUCAUUCAACUCCUCCUUAAAUGUGCUAACGAUGCAUCCUCCGGUAACCUCCACCGAGCUGACGCGUGCCUUUCCGAGAUAUCCGAGCUCUCAUCGGUGUCCGGUGACUCCAUGCAACGACUGGCAGCCCGGUUUGCCUCCGCCCUUGCCAUCCGCCUUGUCAAGCGCUGGCCUGGUCUAUACAAGGCCUUAAACCAUGAGGCGCAACAACCCCAAGUGAACCUAGACCGGGUUAGGCCUCUUUUCGCACGAGCGCUCCCUUACCUCAGUUUCGCAUAUGCCAUUAUAGCUCGAACUUUGCUCCAAGCCAUGACCCAUGAACAUACAAUUCACAUCGUAGAUUUGGGUUCUGGUGACUCAAAAUUGUGGGUUCCUCUGCUUCGCAGCUUAGCUCACUCGCCAAAUGGGUCUCCACAUUUGAAGUUCACCUGUCUAAAUACAGAUAAAGCUAUUCUAGACAAGCUAGGUCAGAGGCUGGUAAAAGAAGCUGAAGCCUCAGACAUGGCAUUCCAAUUUCAUCCUCUCAAUAUUAGCUUAAGAGACCUAACUGCGGACAUGCUUCAGGUCGCAUCAGGAGAAGCACUGGCUUUCAUAUCAAUAUUAAAUCUUCAUCUCUUAUUAGCUGAAGAUGAUCGGGUGGAUGCACAUUUCGGAGGCAACAGGUCUACCUGUAUCAAAGAUUGCAAGCAAAUGAGUGAUUUUCUAGCAAUGGUCCGUUCCAUGUCUCCUAGAUUAUUAUUUUUAGUAGAGCAAGAAGCAGACCAUAAUUUAAAUCGUUUGCCUGAUAGGUUCAUCGAGGGAUUACAUUAUUAUAGUGCUGUUUUCGAUUCAAUUGAUGCAACAUUAGUAGGGAAUUUGGGAAGUGAAGAUAGGAUGGUUUUAGAGGAAAUGUUUGGGAGGGAAAUUGAAAAUAUUGUAGCCUGUGAAGGGUUGGAGAGAUACGAGAGACAUGAGAGGUGUGGUAAAUGGGGGAUGAGGUUAGCACGAGCCGGGUUUAAGCCAGUCCAGAUGUGGUGUAAUUUUGAGCAGGAAGCCAAACAAAUGGUCGAGGCCUUUGCUAAGGGUUACAAGACUGUUAGUGAGAGAUGGAGUUUGAUGAUUUGUUGGCAUGAACGUCCCAUUUAUGCUGUCACUGCAUGGACUUGCUAGUAAGCUAUGUACAUUUCGAGUUUUUUUUUUUUUCUUUUUUCAAUUUUUGGUUUUUUUCCUCAAUGGAAAUGGAAAUGAUGGUUUGUGUCAAUGUAAAUUAUAACAUUUUAAAUUAUUAUCACCUAUUUUUAUUAA